AAAGGACGAACAGGAUGUAAUGACGUGGAAAGAAUGUGGUUCUUCGGACAACACAUCAGUUCGCGUCUGAUGUUGCUUUCGCUCCCCAUUUAGCCAAGGGCUUGAGCCCCAUACAGAGUGAUAGACAGAGGGAGGCAGCGUGCGAGCGAGAGCGAGAGAGAGAGAGAGAGAGAGAGAGAGAGAGAGAUGAGGACAGAGACGACGACGAAGGAUGGGCCUGCUGGAGCUUUGUUGAGCAAUGGACACUCGGGAAACUUGUCAAGCUCUAGAUUCUCGUCCCUUCUUGCCUCCGAAGAUCGUGAUUUUCUGCUCUCUCCAACUGGGACUCAGGUGAAAGUUUGUGAUCUUGAAGGGAAAGUGGUGGGUCUUCUAUUCGGUGCUAACUGGUACGCACCGUGCCGGAGAUUCACAGAAAUGCUGGUCAGCAUUUAUGAGGAGCUCAGGAGCAAUGUCCCAGGUUUUGAGAUCGUGUACGUGUCCUCCGAUGAAAACCUGACUGCCUUUGACGCCUAUUACGCUGAAAUGCCUUGGCUUGCAAUUCCAUUCUCAGAUUUGGAAUCAAAGAGAGCCCUGAACAAAAAGUUCGACGUCGAAGGCAUGCCUCGUCUAGUAAUAUUGCAACCCAAUGAUUAUAAAGACGAGGCAAUUGUAGAUAAUGGGGUUGAACUCAUUUGCCGCUAUGGAGUCCAACCCUUCCCGUUCAGUAAAGAGAGGUUGGAUCAGCUGAAGAAGGAAGAGAAAGAGAGGCACGAGAACCAGACUCUGACAAAUUUACUGACAAACCAACAUAGAGACUAUGUUCUGGGUCCCCCUCAACCUGACAUCAAACAUGUGCCUGUUGCUUCAUUAGUGGGCAAAACAAUAGGACUCUUCUUCUCAGCUCAGUGGUGCCUCCCAUGCCUCAACUUCACUCCAAAACUGAUAUCAAGCUACCAUAACAUCAAGAAGGUCGUGGGCGAAGCUGGAAAUGGAGAGGACUUUGAGAUAGUUCUGGUCUCUAAUGAUCGUGACCAAGCAUGCUUUGAUUCCUACUUCAGUGACAUGCCUUGGCUAGCAUUGCCUUUCGGAGACCCAGAGAUAAAGAAACUUGCGAGGCACUUUGAUAUCCAAGCGAUACCUUGCCUGGUGGUACUAGGUCCAAAUGGUAAAACAAUAACCAGAAACGGAAGGAACCUGAUAAACUUGUACCAAGAGGAUGCGUAUCCGUUCACUAAAGCCAAAGUGGAGCUUCUGGAGAAACAACUCGAAGAAGAGGCCAAAGGUUAUCCGACAUUCGUUUGCCACGAAGGGCAUCACCACCUUCUGAAUUUGGUGUCUGAUGGGAAUGGAGGAGGUCCCUUUAUCUGCUGUGAGUGUGACGAACAAGGCUCAAACUGGGCCUACCAGUGUCUUGAAUGUGGUUAUGAGGUGCACCCCAAGUGUGUACGAGCUCGUUCAUCUUAAAUGUCUUUGAUUGUCUUGGAUAGGUGAGAUCCCAAAAGUGUACUCCAUAGUCUAUAUGCUAAUCAAUCUAAUGUUCUGUGUUGAUAUGGCCAACGACAUGACAUCUCCACUUCUCAUGGCCUCCUUCACUUUAGCUCUGGAAUCUUUCAUGUAGUUUGCGUUUUUGCCUCCUUAUUCGACUGGUUGCUGUUGUAUGACUAGUAACCACCAUAACAGACCUGUAACUGUAAGUUGUGAUGUGAUUAGCUAGUGGUCCAAUCAAUUUAAAGUGUGAUAAUUAAUUGCACAAGUAUUGGAUUUUCUGUGUCAUUUUGAAUAGAAUGAGAUUUCUAGCUUCAUCUACAUGUGAACUUGUUUAAGAAAUUAAAAUUUCUGUUUGGUUACCCAUUAA